AUGUCGACAGUUGGAAAUUCGACAAACAUAUUUUGGCAAGAAUCACCUAUUGGGAAAACCGAAAGGCAGAAGUUGAUAAACCAGAAGGGCUGUGUGGUGUGGAUCACAGGGCUCAGUGGCUCAGGGAAAAGCACGUUGGCUUGCUCGCUAAGUAGAGAGCUAUACACCCGGGGAAAGUUAUCAUAUAUUCUUGAUGGUGAUAACCUUCGUCAUGGUUUGAACAAAGAUCUUGGUUUCAAGGCAGAGGACAGAGUUGAAAACAUACGCAGAGUCGGAGAAGUAGGCAAGCUCUUUGCGGAUGCUGGUUUGAUCUGUAUCGCAAGCCUCAUAUCUCCGUACAGAAAAGACCGUGACGCAUGCAGGGAAAUGAUGCAUGAUUCAUCUUUUGUCGAGGUUUACAUGAACAUGUCUCUACAACUGUGUGAAGCAAGAGACCCUAAAGGACUAUACAAGCUUGCACGUGCAGGAAAGAUCAAAGGUUUCACAGGAAUAGAUGACCCUUAUGAAUCUCCCUUGAAUUGUGAGAUAGAGCUGAAAGAGAAAGAAGGAGAGUGUCCUUCUCCUGUAGCUAUGGCUGAGGAACUUGUAACCCCGAGAGACUUCCUCGCGCCACCGUGCUCCGUUUCAUCUUCUGCAUCCCUCUCCUCCAGCUCCGCCGCGUCGCUUUCUCUCUCGGCUCCUACCUCUGCUUCGAUUCCGAUCGCAAUACUCACUCCGAUUAGCUUCUCGGCUCCGUUUCAACGUAUCGUCCAAUUUGCUCCGUCUCUUCGUGUUUUGUUAGUUACGUUUUCGACUUUGAUUUUGUAA